UUCGCUCUGUAUUUCUUAGUGUGCGUGUUGUGGAGCUGCUGUAACCGCAUCUGUGUGAAGUUCUUCGGUGCCAAACCUCACCCAACAGUAUGGCGGACAAGGCUGUUACAAUCCGAACUCGCAAGUUCAUGACUAACAGGCUUCUUUCCAGGAAGCAGUUUGUUGUGGACGUACUUCAUCCAGGGAGGGCAAAUGUUUCCAAGGCUGAACUCAAGGAGAAGCUUGCUAGAAUGUACGACGUCAAAGACCCAAACACUGUAUUCGUCUUCAAAUUCCGAACACAUUUUGGUGGUGGCAAAUCUACUGGUUUUGGUUUGAUUUAUGAUUCAGUCGACAAUGCAAAGAAGUACGAGCCCAAGUACAGGCUUAUCAGGAAUGGUCUUGACACUAAGGUAGAAAAGUCGAGGAAACAAAUGAAGGAGAGGAAAAACAGAGCAAAGAAGAUUCGUGGAGUAAAGAAGACGAAGGCUUCUGAUGCUGCUAAGGCUGGAAAGAAGAAAUAAGAUAUGAGAAAUCUUAUUUCGAUUCUAAGGUUAUAUUGGUUUCGGUGCUUUGUAGUUGUUAUUUUAUCUUAUGCUAGAAUUAUAGAAUGAGAUGUUUUGGCACAAGUGUUGAUCCUUAUUUUAUUUUAUGUUUGCUUAUAACUUCAUAUGUUGAAUACUAGCAAUUGAACAAUUUUGAGAGCUCGUGUUUAA